CGCGCCCGAUGGGGCUUAGUGCCGCGGAGCCACAAAUCAACUUUGGGACGGGAGGGACCGUCAACUUAUUCUCUUACUAGAUUAGUUAGUCUUGUUUAUGAUGAGGAGGAGGAGGAGGAGGAGGAGGAGAAUUAUGGAUGGAAGGGGUUAUUAUUUGGGGGUUUCAAAGAUGCAGUCAAUCAUCGUUAUUAGUGAGUUGAUCCGGAACAUUUGCUUUGCUUUGCUUUGCUUUGCUUUGCUUUGCUUUGCUUUGCUUUGCUUUGCUUACUCUAAUGGGGUUACGAAGAAAAGUGUCUGACCUGCAGGUUACCUUUUAGUUAGUACAUACUAGCUAGCUAGACUUUCCAUUUCAGUCCACCCACACUCCAUCAAGUUCUUACUCAUUCAGUCACCCUCCCC